AGACACACACUCUUCCCCUCUGAGCUGGAGAUUCAUUGAAAACACUGUUUAGCUCAAGAGCACAGCAGGAAUCAUGACUCAAGCUCUGAACAUUGAACGCUGGAACCUGGAAUGUUUGUUUAACAACACGGACCAUCGUACUGAUCUCAACGGUGUGGAUCGUCUGAUCGUGAGGAGAGGCCAGCCGUUCACGGUCAGCCUGUACCUUCGCUCUGGACAUUACCAACCAGGAGUCAGCUCUCUGGACUGCGUUGCAGAAACAGGUCCUCAGCCCUCUGAGCAGUACGGCACCAGGGCCUCCUUUGGUCUGUCUGCCAACAUCGACACCUCCCGCUGGAGCGCCACUGUCACCAGUCCCCCCGGAGACAUGGUGGCCCUGUCCGUCUGCUCUGCCCCUGACGCCCCCAUAGGCCGCUACACCCUGACCCUGGGGCAGUCAAGCAGGAUUGAGUUUAUUCUGCUCUUUAACCCUUGGUGCCCAGGGGAUGUAGUAUAUAUGGACAAUGAGCAGAGUUUGGCAGAGUACGUCUUGGCUCAGGAUGGCAUCAUCUUUCGGGGCAGCUACAAACAUCCCAUACCUACUCCCUGGAACUUUGGCCAGUUUGAAAGUGGAAUCCUGGAUGUCUGUCUAAGGAUACUGGACAUGAAUCCUAAAUGUCUGAAAAAUCCUGGCAAAGACUGCUCAGGGAGACGGAAUCCCAUCUAUGUGUCCCGAGUGCUGAGUGCCAUGGUGAACUGUAAUGAUGACAAAGGAGUGUUGCUGGGGAGAUGGACAGAUGACUAUGACGGAGGCGUGAGCCCCAUGUUCUGGAGGGGCAGUGUGGAGAUUCUGCGCAACUGGGACACACAAGCCUGUCAGCCUGUUCGCUACGGACAGUGCUGGGUGUUUGCUGCAGUGGCCUGCUCGGUUUCCAGAGCCCUGGGCAUCCCCUGUCGAGUCGUCACCAACUACCUGUCAGCCCACGACACCAACAGCAACCUGACGAUUGAACGCUACAUUAACGAAAACGGAGACCCGAUUCAGUCCCGAGAAAUGAUCUGGAACUAUCACUGCUGGGUAGAGAGCUGGAUGACCAGACCUGACCUCAAACCUGACUUUAAUGGCUGGCAGGCCAGUGACCCCACACCUCAGGAGAAAAGUGAAGGAGUGUACUGCUGUGGCCCCAUCCCUCUCAGAGCCAUCAAGGAGGGUGAGCUUACGUUCAAGUACGAUGCACCCUUUGUCUUUGCUGAAGUCAAUGCGGAUGUCAUCACGUACAUGAAGAAAAAAGAUGGCAGCACAUCGAAUGUCACUAACAACACAGUAGUGGGCCAGAAGAUCAGCACCAAGAGUGUUGGCAGUGAUGCCAGAGAGGACAUCACUCAUCUCUACAAGUACCCUGAAGGAUCUGAUGAAGAGCGGGAGGCUUUCAAGAAGGCCAACCACCAAAACAAGCUGCUCAAGCAGCAGGAGAAUCAAGGCCUACACCUCACUAUCAAGGUGACAUCAGACAUGAGGAAGGGCUGCGACUUCGAUGUGUUUGCUGUGGUUACUAACAACACGCAAAGCGAGAAGAAGUGUCGUCUGGUGUUUGGAUCCUGCGCUUUGUCCUACAAUGGCAUUAUGGGAGAGAACUGUGGCUUUAAAGAUCUGCUCAACGUUGAGCUCUCACCAGGAGGAGAGAGGCGAGUUCCACUGAGGCUGAACUAUUCCAAGUACGGCGACCAUCUCACUGAGGACAACUUGAUCCGUCUGGCAGCUCUGCUGUUGGACUAUGGCACCGGAGAGGCAACGCUGGCAGUAAGAAACAUAGUGCUGGAGAAUCCUGAAAUCAAAGUCAGAAUCCUGGGUGAACCGAAGGAGAAUCGGAAGCUGGCUGCAGAGCUCACUCUCAAAAACCCUCUGCCAGAGUCGCUGGAGAACUGCUGCUUCAGCAUCGAGGGGGCCAACCUGACCGGGGGACAUGCCAUCUCUGAGAGGCUGGGCUUCUCAGUGGGACCUGGGGAAGAUGCCAAGGUGAAAAUCUACUUCACUCCCACCCACAGUGGACUGAGAAAACUGGUAGUCGACUUUGACAGCAACAAGUUGUGUCACGUCAAGGGCUACAGAAACGUCAUCAUUGGAAAAUAAGGCCUUUCAGCCUUUACAGUCCAUUAGACGCAAUGUUCUUACUCUGUCAGAACUGUUCAGCCAUGUAAAGAUUAGCACCCGCUUUUGCAGAGUGUAAUACAUACAAUGCUUUUCUGCUCAGAUACCUUGUCAUUCCCUCCUCCCUCUUGUUGUUUACUGGUGAAUGCGACAUGUUACAUGUUGAAUCAGAGCCGUAAAUAUUUUAAUGUGACUUGCUUUGUAUUCAUUAAGACUAAUCAAAUAUGUGCAUGCAAAACGUAAAACCUGAAUAUGUACUGUUUCUCCUCACAGUCUGAAGUGAUGAUUUGUAUUUUAAGUACUAUGUACUAUUUUGUACAAGAGCAGCAAUUAAAAGUGUUAUUCUCAUUA